AUGCUCUUCACACGUCUUCUCUCAAUCAUCCUGCGCACGGCGCAAUGGGUCUUUGCUGCUAUCGUCUUGGGUCUAUCGGCAUACUUUGUUUACCAAAGAUCGCGAUAUCAUGUCGGGCCUCUAGGUCGUUUGAUCUUCGCCAUAAUUUGGUCUUCGCUCUCCAUUCUCUUCGCCGUCAUCUGGGCUAUCCCCACCAGCUCUAGUAUCACCGGCUACACAUCCGACUUUAUAUUUACAGCCGGUUGGGCCGCUGUCUUCGGACUUCUUGUUAGCUGGUUCAACGGCCGCGGCUGUGGUAGUGCGUGGGCUUGGAGCGGUGUAUCCUUUAGCCGCAACAACUCAUGCGGUCAAUGGCGCGCUGCUCAAGCCUUCUCCUUCUUGUCCAUGAUCCUUUGGUUGGCGACUGCUAUCCUUGGAAUAUUGACAGUACAUCGCCUUAGGGGCCGUGCUGCUGGUCGUGGCUCGCGAGUCUAA